CGAGCUCGUGGAGCGCGAAACGUGAAGUAGCGCUAAUCCCCGACGGUCUUAUUAGCGUGCGGGCGGGCGGACGGGCGUGCGUGCAAACGUGCGCGCGCGUGCUACGUCAGUGCCGCCGGUCGACAGCCAAGAGCCGAGCGGGCAGCGAACGAGGGAGGGACCGAGAGGCGGAGAGACGGAGAGAGCGCGCUUGAAAGAGGGAAAGGGAGAUCGAGCAGGUAGCCAGGUCGGUUUAGGGUAGGAGGCCAGCACCACCAUGGUCAUCAAAGUAUACAUAUCGGGGAUCAGCGGUAACAAGGAAGUGAAGAAACGUCAGCAGCGGGUGUUGAUGAUUUUGGAGAGCAAAAAUGUUGAGUACGAAGUGAUAGAUAUUACCGAGCCAGGCAAGGAGGCGGAGAAAGAGUUUAUGCAGCUCAAUGGCAUGGCCAAGGAGAGUAAAUACCCACUGCCUCCGCAAAUAUUCAACGACGAAGACUACUGCGGUGACUACGAGGACUUUGACGAAGCCAACGAAAUGGACGAGCUUGAAAAAUUUCUAAAAGGCGCUGUAAAUAGUAACGACGAGAAUACGGAAAAUAAAUCACAAUCCAGCGAUAUUCAUCAGAAUGGUAAUUCUUCUAGUCGAGAGCCCUCGGCUGAUAAAGAUCCCGCAGAGACGCUGGCCAAGGGAGCGGAGGAGAGAAGAGUGCCAGAGGGGGAUAAUGACAAGUCCUCGGACAAUGUUAAACGUUCUGGCUCUGAAACCGAGAUUAAAGACUUAUCCGAAGAUUUAGACCUUGAAAAGAACGACGACGCUAAUGAUGACGCUACUACCGAAAAUCAAGAGAACGAAGAGUAGAUAUGUAAAAUUUGCAAUUAACACUAAAAGCUUCGGUGGCAAGGAUCGUAAUAUUUUUUCUGCUACUGGAUAUUAUACCAACUGGAUUUGAAGAAUUAGCUCAAGAGCUUCGUGGAUUUAUUGGAAAUAGUUGGGAUUACUCCUCUUACCCAAGUGCCCCAAAUGGCAAUGAAGACUUCCAGAGAAUUAAAUUCUUGUCUUUAAUUUAAAUAAGCCAGAGAUUGUCCUGUAGCCAAAGAUUGUAUAGGGUUAUAGGUAAAAUGUAAUUCUUCAAAGUUGUAGUUUUGGUUCUUAUGUGUUACCUUAGUAAAUUAAAAGAAUUAAAAGAAAUUCGACUGAAUUAUAAUUCAAAUUGUAUGCAGAUGUUUUAUCAUAUUUAAAUACAAUAUGCUUAGAUCAUGUCUUCCUCGAGAUUGUAUCAUUUGACGUACCUCUAGUCAAGGAUAAAUUCAUCCUGAUCACUAAAUAACUGCUUGUCAUCGGAAAGAGCAAGAUUAAGAGAAUGUAUGUAUUUAUUCUCGUUCAAAGUUCUACUCUUUGGGGAUCUGAUCUCGCUUUCUCAUCGCUCUACAUUUUCUCUUCCUUAACACCCUGGUAUUACUUAUUAAAAUAUUACUCCUUUCAAUAAUGUAAUCCUGUGCAGGUCCCAAAUGGUCUUCUUUUUACAAUAAAGAACAGAAAAAUCUAAACAAGCAACGAUCAAAAUAUCAAUUACAGUAGAUACGGUAAAACAGUUUUUCGUAUUAUUAAGGAG